AUGACUUUACUCAAAAGCUUAAGAUCUCUUUUCAGUCCAGCAUCCUCAAACACAAACAAAAUUAAUGAGAGUAUUGCUACUCAGAGCGUUUCGAAUGCUUCCCAAUCCAAAAACACCUUUGCUGUAAUGUCUGGAGAAGAGUAUAAGAGAUCAGUUGGUUGCUAUGGCUAA